AUGUUGUGUCUUAUAGUCCUCGUGCUCGCCGCGAGCGAAAUAAAACCCGCGUAUGUAUCUGACACACCAUCCCUAGCGGAUAGACUAGACCGUUUAUAUGAAAAAUUAGAAAAAAUUACCGUCGCGCCGUCAAAAAAGUUCAACGAGAAGUUAUACGCGAAAUUGGAUAGGUUGAAUUCGCUUACGCCGGCGGAGUUAAGCGAUGACGAUGAGGAAUUGUUGUCUGCAAUGCAAUUGUGGGGUUCGAUGAGUGAUGACCAGCUUCGAGGGGUCGUUCAGGAGAUGCAGAAAAUGAAGGAAGACGAUAAGAGUGAACGACUGACCUACGAGUACAAUGAUGGUGAUUGGAAUGAUGAUGACCUAGAACUCGCUGAUGGGGACUACGCUAACGAUGUGGGUGAAGAGUGGGAUCCUAUAGAAGACGACACCAGUUCCACUAGCAGACCCAUACUCGGUGUGACACCAUCAGCCUUCACCAGAUUAGAUGUAUCCAGACUAACCACGAUUGACCCCGUCGCUGCGACCAACGAGAGGCCCAGGAUUUUAGAAGACUCAAGAGCCACUGCAGAAGAGCGUGCGUUCCUACACAAAGGGGCAGUAGCUAACAUACGUAAUGUUUUCCACGCUGGCAAAUGUCUAACGCCGCAAGCGAGGUGGUUUCCUGUUAAGAAAUUGGUACCAGCUGCGGACACACUUUACAUACCACCGUGCGUGCAAUUGCACCGCUGCGCCGCGGACUCGGGUUGUUGUUAUGACGAGAGCCAAGUCUGCACUCCAGUCGACGGGAAAUACAUUGCAUUAUCGUUCUUGCUCAAUAAAGCCGGUGGCAACGUAACUCCCGCUAGAAUAUUAUUCUACAACCACACAAGAUGCGCUUGCGUCUCAAAAGAAACAUUAGAGAGUACGCCUCGUACCAAUAUCUAUCUAAAAGAGAAAGAGAUUGUAGAAAGGAGAGAGGAGAAAGAUGAAGGUGUAAAAGAAAGGCAGAACGAUUGGCGAGUGCCAACUGAGGAGCCAUUAUUAGAAAAAGAUGAGGGACAGACGUCGCCACCUGAAUUGAAAAGAUGUACGUGCCCAACCCUUUUCCGCAAUCGCAUCAAAGAUGGCGUAUGUUCUUGUGUCUGCGAUUGGCGAGACUUAACCAGUAGGCGGGACUGUCUCACCCUUGCAAAGGGCAAAGAGCACUUCGGAUUAAGAGACAGAGUAUGUGUCUCACAAGGAGACUGUAUGACACCCACUUGUGAGUACGGACCCUAUGAUAGAAGUUCAGGCAGAUGCCCUUCCAGAAGAUUCAAGAGAAGAUACCACUCUAGGCGAUACCAACCAGACAAAGUCUGAUCCACCAACAAAAUACCAAGUUCAAAAUAAAACACCCUUAACUGAUCGAAAUAUUUUUGAUCGUAGCCAAGUACAAUUUUAGGAAUCAAGUACUCUAUUACAGGAAAACAGACAAGAGUAUUGGACAAAGUUGUAGCUCUUUCUGUUCAAACAGUUGAAAAUUUUCUUCUGCUUGUAAUUUACAAUUUUUUCGCAGUUAAUUUGAAGUAUCACGAGUGUGAUUGAUAUUAUAAUAGGUACUAUCUAUUAAAAUAUAGACUGAUGAUUAAAAAAAUGCUAAUAAUUGUAACCAAACAAUAAUAAAUAUUAUUGAUAUACAUCGGUCAUUUUGGCGCGCGAAUGUAUGA